GAGAUACUUACUGCGUGAAGAACUCAUUUGGUUGUCACAUCAAAUGCACUGGAGCACUUCCACCGGUGGCAUUAUUAAUCCAAUCAACAAUUCUCUGUCUUCUAUGUGCAUCCUGAUUGUGAUCCAUUUCUCACUUGCUUGAGUACGUCAAGGUAGUCCUUGACAUGACCACCCCAAAACCAUCUCCCACCUGCCGUAAUUUGAACCCUUCCACUCAUCUCGCACCAGUUCCUUUGGAUUGCUUAUGUGCUUGUCAAAUAAGACCGACUCUUUCUCAAUCACGGCUUCCAAUAUUCUAUCUUGUUUUCUUGUGGGCGAAUAUUAUUCAUACAUUCAGCAAGGACUCUAUUUGGUGUUGAACAAUUGAUUAAGUUGUAUCUUGAAUUUUGCACAUGAUCUGUUUGUUAAAAUGCCCAUGUUAAUAAUGUCCUUUCUCUUGGGCAGGAACACAUUUGAUUUGUCAGUUUGAUUGUAUGGCAAAGGGUUUGAUAUGGGCUACUGCGGAGGACUUAGCAAGGAACAGAGGAAGAGCAGUUUCAUUGUAUAGACAGAUUUUAAGGAGCCUCAACUCUCCUGCUUUGCCUUUGAAUUUGGCUAAGAAAGCCGAAGUUCGUGUCAAUGUGUCAUGUUGGGUGCUGAAGAACGACCCCUCCACAACAUUUAACACCUUUCUGAUGCUGCUGAGUAUUCCCUAUCACGUCUGUGAAAAGGUGAAAUUCCCAAGCAUACCGAGUAGUUUACUUGUGCUAUCAAAAGCGAGCUAUAAACAACCUAGUUUAUCAACUUCUUGUCCUUGUCAUACGCAACUAACAUUGUCCCUGAUAUAAAAUUUGAUGUGACAGUGAGAAACAUGAAAAUGCUUAUGUAUUAAUGUUGAUUCGGAUUAAACCAGCUGAUAUUUUUGUUUUCUGUCCUACUUAAUAU